AUGUUUGAUCGCAUUAAAUUUGCGGCAUUUUCACCUGCCCACAACGUCGUCACCGCGGUCACACGCAUACAUUUCGUCACCAAGCACGUUCUCGUUGCCCUUAGCAUUUCUGUCAAAGAAUCUCAAGGAUUCACUACCCGGUGCCACACGAAUUUUUAUCUUACGAUCACUGACACCAUGGAGGACUUGUUCAGCAGCCUCCCAUAUUUCAAUCCAAUGAUGAUGGUCAACACCUCAGGGACAUGUGCAACAACUAGGCUCAUACAAUGUCGUGACUUGGGAGUCUACACGAACGAUGUCUCGCGGAAGUUCCAGCGGUCACCCGAGGACGCCCCAGAUCUCUCUCGCGAUGACUUUCUCGCACGUAAAAAGAUUAUCAACCAGGUCAGCAGAUACUGUGCUGAUAGGGCGAGAGAGACAAAGUCGGAAUACGAGGAUCAAUACGUUCCCAUUUUGUAUCUGUAUGAGAGAGACUGGGGACAUCUCGUCUUCACUGAUAUGACAACCACUCGAUUCCUGGUGGUGAUGAUCUUUCCACCCACUUGCAACUGCGGAAACUUUUCGCAUCACGACUACGAUGCUCUCACUAAAUACCAAGCCGAUCGGUUCUUUUCUCUUCUGACAUAUCUUCACCACAAAGAGGGAAAGCCUAACUGGUACUUCGUUUCUAACAUUUCAUGCGUUCAAUCUUUUCAUGAGCUUAGGGUUCGCGCAACUUACACGACGUCAAAGCAUGGCUACGCCAUUGACUCGGUUUUCCUCAAUGGCAAGGAAGCACCAACACCCUCUCAGAUAAAGGGUCGAAAAGCAGCCAAGCUGCCCCCCAUCUUCCAUGUCACUCCCGAGACAUUCGUUCCCUCACUUCUCCCAGGCGAGGUUGAGAAAAUUGACAACCUCCUGGCGCAGCGUGGGGAGAAGGAACCUGCCCCACAAAGCGUGCGCGAUGAGGUUUUGGGCACAAAGGAAGUGAGGCCCGAGGUCAGUUCAACCUGGAAGGCAAAGCAUGGCAGACAAUGCGCGUAUUGUCAAGAAUUCCAGGAAGAAGGUCUGAUGCUGUGCGCCAAGUGCAAGCUUGUGUAUUACUGUUCGAAAGAUUGCCAACGCUACGCCUGGCCGACACACAAGCGAAUUUGUAAGAAAUUGGAAGGCACCCAGCCCGCACCCGAAACUAGCUGAGGGUUAAAUGUUAAGCCCUCCCUGGGCCUGAACGUGUCUUACUCUGCAUGUUUAGGGAAAUUUGAACGACCACUGAUUAUUAAACCCUUCACGCCCGUUUCAGACGGGCUACAUAAUUGUAGUACAUAUCUAAAUGUGGAUAGGUACACUAGAACAAGUCAUGUUGGAAAAUCAAAAACCAGCAUUGCUCAUCCGAGGUCAUCGGACAAAAUUAAAGUGCAUUGAUCGCCUC